AUGUCACGAAACUUUGUUACAGAACUCUCCUCUCGUUUCGCUCCUCACCCAACAAUUUCAAUUUAUUUUCAUAUUCUCAUUUUAAACCACUGAUUUGAAUCUAUUUAUCUCAUCGCUUUUCUUCUUUCUCUCUAUUUCCCCUCUCUCUUCGUUCAUUUCACGUGCCGCAUUGCUGCCAUCUCCCCUGUCUUUGGCCUUUCAAGGAGAAAAUGGCAGAGACAAAACCAGACACGCCCUUGAUACCGCCGUCGUCACGGAACCUUCCAGACUUCAAGAAAUCUGUUAAAUUGAAGUAUGUGAAGCUUGGCUAUCAUUACCUCAUCACCCAUGGCAUGUACCUCUUUCUUUCCCCACUCGUGGUGCUAAUUGCUGCACAGCUCUCCACCUUCUCCAUUAAAGAUCUUCAUGACAUUUGGGAGCAUCUUCAAUACAAUUUGAUAUCUGUCAUUCUUUGCUCCACUCUCAUUGUUUUUCUGUCCACACUGUACAUUAUGACUCGCCCUCGACCCGUGUACCUUGUCAAUUUCUCAUGUUACAAGCCUGAAGAAGCUCGCAAGUGCACAAAGAAGAUAUUCAUGGAGCAGUCCCGGAUGAGUGAUUUUUUCAAAGUGGAAACUCUUGAAUUCCAGCGGAAGAUUCUGGAGAGGUCUGGGCUUGGGGAUAACACUUACCUUCCAGAAGCUGUUCUCAACCUCCCUCCCAACCCUUCCAUGAAAGAAGCAAGAAAAGAAGCUGAGCUUGUUAUGUUUGGUGCAAUUGAUGAGCUAUUUGCUAAGACCUCUGUGAAGCCAAAAGACAUUGGAAUUCUGAUUGUGAAUUGCAGCCUUUUCUGUCCCACUCCAUCGCUUUCGGCAAUGGUUGUUAAUCACUAUAAGCUUCGAGGGAACAUAAAGAGCUUCAACCUUGGAGGGAUGGGAUGCAGUGCAGGGCUGAUUUCAAUUGAUCUUGCUAAGGAUCUUCUCCAAGUUCACCCCAACUCCUAUGCAUUGAUCAUUAGCAUGGAGAACAUCACAUUGAAUUGGUACCCUGGAAAUGACAGAUCAAAACUUGUUUCCAAUUGUUUGUUCCGUAUGGGGGGGGCUGCAGUUCUGCUUUCAAACAAAUCCGCUGAUAGAAGAAGAUCUAAAUACAGGUUGGUUAACACUGUUCGCACUCAUAAGGCUGCUGAUGACAAGUGCUUUGGCUGCGUUAUCCAAGAGGAGGAUUCUGAAGGCAAGGUGGGUGUCACUUUGUCAAAAGAUUUGAUGGCAGUUGCGGGCGAUGCUUUGAAAACCAACAUCACCAUAUUGGGGCCUCUUGUCCUCCCAAUGUCUGAACAGCUGCUAUUCUUUGCCACGUUGGUUGGGAAGAAGCUUUUCAAGAGGAAGAUAAAGCCUUAUAUUCCAGAUUUCAAGCUAGCUUUUGAGCACUUCUGCAUCCAUGCUGGAGGCAGAGCUGUGUUGGAUGAAUUGGAGAAGAACUUGCAGCUGUCUCCUUGGCAUAUGGAGCCUUCAAGGAUGACACUUUAUCGCUUUGGGAACACUUCCAGCAGUUCUCUUUGGUAUGAAUUGGCUUACACGGAAGCUAAAGGGAGGAUGAGGAAGGGUGAUAGAACAUGGCAGAUAGCAUUUGGUUCUGGAUUCAAGUGCAACAGUGCAGUGUGGAAGGCUCUCAGGACCAUCAACCCUGCCAAGGAGAAGAGCCCUUGGAUGGAUGAGAUCCACAAGUUUCCAGUUGAUGUUCCAAAGGUUUCGACCAUCUAAAUGAUGCAGUUUUAAGCAAUUUUGUUUCAGCAUUAGGUGGUAGCUGUUGAAGUGGUGGGAGGGGAUGUGUGGUAGGUCUUGCUUGAAGGGUAGAUUUUGUUAUUAAUACAAUUUAGUCGACGGGCUGGCGCAUGAGCUACUUCUGGUUUUCUUAGGAAUUUAUUGCUCUUGCAGUGAAAUGCAUUAGAGCAUCGGAAUUGUAAUUACAAUCCUAAUUCAUGAUUUGUUUGACACCAACGAAGUGAUACAUUU